UAAAAAAAGGAAUUCAAAGACUAAUACAGCAAACUGCAUCUCUGCAGUAAAUGCUAAUAUCCAGGUAAUACUCCCAGCAAGAGGAAAAGGCCAGGUCUGUGAAAUCAGCAUCAGAGAGUCAUUUAAAAGCACCAGCUGCAGCUGUGAGACUAAUGGCACUGAGACAGGAAGGAUGCACAGGCUGAUCCUGCUACCACUUACUAGUCAACACUUGUCAUAGAGAAAAUGCAACAACAUUUUGGCACGUGUAUUUUCCUGAUUUCACCUGGCUCCCCAUGCUGUAAUUAUCCUACUUUAUAUGGUUUAGUGCUUUUCAUUAUUAAUCAGAUUCUUGUCCUUUUAUAUUAGUUUCUAUAUUAUUAUUAUGUGUGUUGUUUGUAUCUGCAGGAUGAAGGAUGCUUAAAUCUGAAAGACACCACACAAAACAAGCAGCUGGUCUAAUGAAAUAGUUUAUUGCAAUAUACUCUGAAGCUUGUCCUCCCACUCUUCCCAUGUGUGAUGCAACAUGGCCCAGAAUGCUAUGCACUUCUCCUCUUCCAACAGAUGAAUGGACACCAAGUUCACUUGGCAGUGUAGCAGGAUAUUAUUAUCUAUUUCCAGGAAAGCCAUGGGACUUUUGUAGCUCGUAUGUAGCCAGGGAAGACACGAGACAAUAUUUAAUUUGUUUGUUUGUUUAAUACAUUUAUAAGCCAAAUUACUCAGACAGGUAUUUCUUAAUUCCUUACCACUUAAUUCCAUCCUCUUCUUAAUUCCUUACCACAUAUUUGUAUGGUGGCUCAACAACUUUGGACUACCCUGCCUAAAAAAAGGCUUCUCCAAAAAUUUCAAUGUGCGGGGAUGACAAAAGAAAUUCUGCACCAGGUACCACCUGACCUUGCUACACCUCUGCUGUUGUGACCCACCGUGGGUCAUAAACCUGACCCAGUGCUCUAGCCAAGCUUAUACCAACUUGAUGCCCUCCAGACUACAAUGCCCAUCUGCCCCAACCAGCAUGGCCAAUGGUCAGGGAUGAUGGGAGUUGCAGUCCAACACUAUCUGGUGGGCUCCAGUUUCCAUAUCCAUUCACAAAAGGUUUUUAUGGUGAUGAUGAAGUAGCCUCUGGCAAUGGUUGGCUCAUCUAGUUGCCUGUCACCAGAUGGCUGGAGACUAUGAAGUGCCUCUCUGCCGCUCUGAUCCCAUGCAGAGAAAACACGGGCAGGAGGGAGUAAAACAAAUGGGUUGGAAUGAAGGAAGGAACGAAAGAAAGAAAAGGAGAUGCUGGCAAGAGAAGAGAGUAUAGUGAGAUGCUUAAGAGGUGAGGAAGGCUGAAGCUCAUAUAUUAAGUUGAAAUACCUAUCAGAACAUAGCAUUCCUCUUCUCUCUUUUGACCUAAAUGAUAGAUGGCAAAACAAUAUGGAAACAUUUACACCCUUUGGGCAGGAUAUCAACCCUUCAUAAUACUGUCUGGAUUCCAAGCAGUGAAAGAAGCGCUCAUUGACCACUCUGAAGAAUUUGAAGACCGACCACAGACUCCUUUCCUUAUGACUAUGGCAAAAGGAAAGGGUAAUAUAUUUUCAAAUGGUCACACCUGGAGGCAACAGAGACGCUUUGGUGUAGUUACUAUGCGGAAGCUAGGAGUGGGGAGGAAAGGCAUGGAGCACCAAGUAGCAGAGGAGGCCCAUCAGCUCAUGGAGGUUUUUGCACGUUCAAAGGGACAACCACUUGACCCCUCCUUGCCCAUCACUAAUUCAGUCUCCAACGUGAUAUGUGCUGUGGCUUUUGGGCACCGGUUUGCUCUUGAAGAUGAACAGUUCCAGAAGCUGAUAGAAGCCAUGGAUUUCUCCCUAAAAUUUAUAGGAAGCUUCGUUCAUGCUCUUUAUGAAAUAUUUCCAUGGCUCAUGAAACAUCUCCCAGGGCCCCACAAGAAGGCCCUGUCCUGCUCAGAGAUGGUGCUUUCAUUUGCAAAGGAGGAGCUAGAGAAGCAUAAGGAGAAUCAGUCUCUGCAUGAUCCACAGGAUCUCAUUGAGUUCUAUCUACUUCAGAUGAAGAAAAGCAAAAACGACCCAGAGUCCACCUAUGAUGAAGAAAACAUGGCUUUUAGUAUUUCCGGGCUCUUUGUAGCAGGGACAGACACAGUCACCAGUUCUCUGAAAUGGGCGCUUCUCCUUCUGGCAAGUCAUCCAGAUAUCCAAGAUAAAGUCUACAAGGAGAUAGAAGAUGUUUUAGGUUCUUCUAACACAAUCUGCUAUCAAGAUAAGAAGAAACUGCCCUACACCAAUGCUGUGAUUCAUGAAAUGCAGCGCUUUAAAUAUGCCUUAUUUAUGGGGGUUCCUAGGCAAUGUACAAAGGAUGUGAAGAUGCGUGGUUUUCUCUUUCCCAAGGGGACUGCCAUUCUUCUUGAUCUGCGCUCUGUUCUUCUUGAUCCAACACGAUGGGAGACUCCUGCAGAGUUCAACCCGAAUCAUUUCUUGGACAAGAAUGGACAAUUUGUGGACAGAGAAGAAUAUCUGCCAUUUGGUGCAGCCCGCACUCAAGACAUCAGCAAUGAAGUGCUGGAGAAGUUCAAGGAGCAUUACCACAAGGUGGGGCUCACAGACGACCUGAUGGUAAUCCUCCCCAAGUCUGAUGUUUGCUACAAGCUCCUCAGUGCCUGAAGUGGACCCAAUUCACCAGCAGCCAAGGCUUAACCUCCACCCCACUGCAGAAGUCCCACUGAUUCAGAAAUCACUGCUGCUGAUCAGAUCUCUCACUCCCUUCUCCCACUUCAGGCGUUCUCCACUCUGCAAUCUGACCUCUGCUUCAUCCACACCCCACCCUUUCCUGCUGAAUAAACAGCUUUACAAGGUG